AUGGCCAGUGUUGGCGUCCCCGUAGCGGAAGUGACCGCGUUGCAAUUGGAUGCGACACACUGGUAUCAGAAUGUAAAGGCUAACCCCUCGAAAGGCAAGAUGGCGAAGGCCUAUACCGCCACGCUGAAACUGGCGAACGGAGGCAGCCUCACCGACGUGGUGGAGUAUCGAGCCAGCGGGCAGGGUCGCAAUUGCUAUUUCUUCACGAAUCAUCGUUUAGUGCUGAAGAUUUUCGUGGACCCGAGCGAGCAGUGGGGCGCGCACGAGUCGGAAGAACGGGGCUUGCAGUUGUGGCAGCCAAGGCUGCCGAAACACAUUCCUGCGUUCUUCGGGAGGUUCAUCGUCAACGCGCAGACCCACUCGGGGUUUCAGCGAGCGGAUGCGAUAUUGGUUGGCAAGGCGGGUCCCACUCUGGAGUCCGUCUUGGAGGGAAUCGACGGAAGCGAUUCGGAGUCUAUGCGUCAGAAGGUUCGGCAACACUUCUUCCUGCUGGUUUCGGCGUGCAAGAACGCGUUCGACGCGGGUCUGCGCUUCUAUCCUGACAUGCACCCGCGUAACGUCUGCCUGGACGAGACACUCGAGCAGUACAUGUUCGUGGAUCUGGACACGUUGCUAGAUGUGGAGCCUCAUCUGACUUUUGCCGAUUGCAUGAGGAAAGCUAACAAAUUUCUUACCAAGCAAGCAUCGUUUCCACAGGGCCCGGCCUUCGCUGCGUUCAAGCAGUUGGCAAACACUUGCAUCGAUGAGAAUUGGGGGAGAAUGUCGGACCUGACAUGGCUCCAUAGCCAGCUGGAGUUGCCGGACAGAUAUCCACCCGCCGCGCCGUCUGAUCCGCCGGCCCCGCUUCCGCCGGCGGCCUUUCCAAAUGUGCAAACACAAGAACCGCCGCCGGCGCCUGCCGUCGAGACAGCAUGGGAUGAGCCGAGCGCUUCAGCUGCCGAUCCAUAUCGCCGAAGCAGCACUUCUGCGACCGUCUCGGCUCCUGACGUCUCUGCGACGGCAAGCGGCGCACCUGACCGCCAUGCUUCAUUGGAACCGCCCUCGGCGGCAAUCUCCAACCCGUCUCAGGAGCAAAGGUUCGUUCAGCUUCUCGCUGCGACAGCUGAAAAACUGGAGGUACCUGCUGGCACAAUGGCGGAAGUCACGCGCAGAGAUGACGUGAAGGAAAUGCUCUAUGUGCGGCUUGCGGAGGCUGCGGCGCCGCAGGUGACAAGGCCGACCAACGAGGUACCGGAGGGGAAGCGCCCUGCGGUUCCAACUUCAUCUUCUGGCGGCGCAAACGUGCCGGUGCCGAUGGCUGGACUCGUCGAGCGGGGACAGAAGCAGAAACGCCCUCGACUCAUGAUGCGCCGCAACAAGACUGCGAAGCAGGUAAGCGAGCCGGAGCUGCCGCCCUCGACCUCGAACGAGUUGCCUUGCUCGCUGUCAGUAUGCGAGCCGGAGAACGCGGCCGGUCAUUAUUCGCUGCUUUGGAAUGAGCUGGUGACCGUCAGCAAACAGCAGGAGACGUCGCAUAUCAUUGAUGGUUCGGUGAAGAUCGUAUUGUCUGUUCGGUCCGGCACGAAAGCCGAUGGCUGCAACUGGCCUGGCCUCGAUCUGAGAGCAUCGGUGACUUGCUGUUGCCCGGGCGGCGGCAAGUUGACUCCUGACCAGGCUUUGCAGAGGCAGAGUCUGUUCGAGAGCACCCUAAGCAACAUCGCGCUGCACUGCUGUCCGCAACCCCUCUGUGGGUGCCACACUAACGACGACUUCUUUCUGCGAGAUGCCGACCGCUUGUCGGAAGACACGUACCAGCACUUGUCCGACAACUGGCGUGAUCAUUUGUUGCGAGCCCGCCUGGAGCAGGCGUUCGAUGUCGAGCUGCCGCUGCAGCGGAACUCCGCCCUGCCGUACUCCACGGUGUUCAGGGACGCCGAGGGGAACUCCUUCAUCUUCCAGCCCACCGAGAGCAGCAGGCCGCGCGCAGCACAUCUGGAGGGUGGACAAGCCUGGGGGGGACUGAACCUUUCGCCGCCAGAUUUCCAUUCGAUGUUUUGGAUCUUGGCGCUGCUACAUGAGCAGUUGACGGCACGAUACUGGGAGGUGAAACGCCGGCUACCGCCAGGCGCCCACAGCGCGCUCAGUCGUGAUCGUCGGAAAGUGGAAGAUCCUGUCGCGCUGGUUCGGCAGCUCGAGGCGUUUAUGCAGGCACAGAUCCAGAUCAACAAGACCCACCAACACGGAACGAAUUUGUUCUCGUUUCAGGACUUGCUUCCCGGAGAUCUGAAUCUGCUCAAAUUAUCUGUGGACGCGGUACAGGCGGCGGCUUUCGUGUUGCCCAACGUUUCGUAUUUAGCUUACGUGUCAGCGGAGCAACGGUGA